AUGGACCUUCUCCGUACCGUUCCGGCAAAACCUCUUCACCUGCUUCCGGAAUUGCCCAACCUGAACGUUCAAAUCAAGAUGCCGAAUACUCGCUACAAGCCAGCGUGUCCAAUUCGCGCUCUUUCAAACCCAAACUUCCAUUACCGCGCGGAGAAAUUGCCGGCGCCGGCGGUUGCUGUGGCAAAAUCUGAGCCGUUAUUGACAGUGGCGGCGAGUUCUCUGCAAUCCGAGCCGGGCUUUUUGUUACGGAAUCGCUGGUUGAACCUGGAGAAUCCGGCGGUUGGGGAAAACGGUGAACUGAGUACCAUGAACUACUUGAGGCAAAUCUUGCUGUCCAAGGUGUACGACGUAGCCAGAGAGUCUGAGCUGGAGCUCGCCACUAAGCUCUCGGAGAGAAUCGGCAACAAGAUCUGGCUUAAACGUGAAGAUCUCCAACCGUGUCUAAUCUUGCGUGAUUCUAGCCCUUACUCUGUUUCAAAAUUAGAUCUUUUCAUUCAAUCUCCGAGGAGCUUAUAUAUGAUGGCCAAGCUGCCCAAAGAGAAGCUAGAUGGAGGUGUCAUCAGCGCUUCAUCUGGAAAUCACGCACAAGGUGUUGCUUUAGCUGCUGAGACUCUUGGCUGCGAUGCUGUCAUUGUAAUGCCUGUUACUACUCCAGAUGUUAAGUUUAAGCAAGUUCAGCAGUUGGGGGCUAAAGUUUUCCUCGUUGGGGAUUCUUAUGAUGAGGCCAAAUCAUAUGCAAAGAAUCGAGCUCUAAAAGAAUGCAGGACAUUUAUACCAGCAUAUGAUCCCCCAGAUGUCAUCAGCGGGCAAGGAACGGUGGGAAUGGAGAUUCUUCGCCAAGUGAAGGACACAGAAGGGCUACAUGCAGUAUUUGUACCUGUUGGGGGUGGUGGGCUCAUAGCUGGUAUUGCUGCCUAUCUGAAGAGCGUAUGUCCACAGAUAAAAAUCAUUGGAGUGGAGGCUUUUGAUUCAAAUGCCAUGGCCUUAUCAUUGCAUCAUGGUCGAAGGGUAGUGCUAGACCAAAUUGGUGGUUUUGUGGGUGGAGUCAGGACAGUUGGUGAAGAGACCUUUAGACUGUGUAAGGACUUAACAGAUGGUGUGGUUCUUGUUCAUCCUGCUGCUGUUCUUGAAUCCAUACAGGAAAUGUUCGAAGAGACAAGGAACAUCUUGGAACCAGCCGGCGCUCUUGCAAUUGCAGGGGCAGAAGCUUACUGCAAAUAUUAUGGCUUGAAUGGAGAAAAUGUGGUGGCGAUAACUAGCAGUGCCAAUUUGUAUUUUGACAGACAGAGAUUAGCUGCUCAACUAACAAAAGGUGGUCUACAUAAGGAAGCUGAGUUCGCAAGGAUCAUGCCGGAGGAGCCAGGCAGCUUUAAGAGAUUUUGUGAACUUGUUGACAUACCACAUGCAGUACUGGAUUCUAUUGUUUGUGCCUACUCUGCUCCACCAAAGUUUGUUCAACACAAAGAGAGCUCGUAA